AUGGCAACCCUUCGAGUCGACGAAAUUAAUAAAAUUCUCCGCGAACGUAUUGAACAAUAUAAUAGGAAAGUAGGGAUUGAGAAUAUCGGUCGCGUAGUGCAAGUGGGGGAUGGGAUUGCUCGUAUUAUAGGUCUUGGUGAAAUAAUGUCAGGUGAAUUAGUCGAAUUUGCAGAAGGGACGAGAGGUAUUGCUCUGAAUUUGGAAUCCAAAAAUGUUGGGAUUGUAUUAAUGGGCGAUGGGUUGAUGAUACAAGAGGGAAGUUUUGUAAAAGCAACAGGAAGAAUUGCUCAGAUACCCGUGAGCGAGGCUUACUUGGGUCGUGUUAUAAAUGCUCUCGCUAAACCUAUUGAUGGGAGAGGCGAAAUUGUCGCUUCAGAAUCUCGCUUAAUUGAAUCUCCUGCUCCGGGUAUAAUUUCUAGGCGUUCCGUAUAUGAACCCCUUCAAACAGGGCUUAUUGCUAUCGAUUCGAUGAUCCCCAUAGGGCGCGGUCAGCGAGAGUUAAUUAUUGGGGACAGACAGACUGGCAAAACAGCAGUAGCCACAGAUACAAUUCUCAAUCAAAAAGGGCAAGAUGUAAUAUGUGUUUAUGUAGCUAUCGGUCAAAGAGCAUCCUCCGUGGCUCAAGUAGUAACAACUUUCCACGAAGAGGGGGCCAUGGAAUACACUAUUGUAGUAGCUGAAAUGGCGGAUUCACCCGCUACAUUACAAUAUCUCGCUCCUUAUACGGGAGCAGCCCUGGCUGAAUAUUUUAUGUACCGCGAACGGCAUACUUUAAUAAUUUAUGAUGAUCUCUCCAAACAGGCACAAGCUUAUCGCCAAAUGUCCCUUCUAUUAAGAAGACCUCCCGGCCGCGAAGCUUAUCCAGGGGAUGUUUUUUAUUUGCAUUCACGCCUUUUAGAAAGAGCCGCUAAAUUAAAUUCUCUUUUAGGCGAAGGGAGUAUGACCGCUUUACCAAUAGUGGAGACUCAAUCUGGAGACGUUUCCGCCUAUAUUCCUACUAAUGUAAUCUCAAUUACAGAUGGACAAAUAUUCUUAUCCGCGGAUCUAUUCAAUGCCGGAAUUCGACCUGCUAUUAAUGUGGGUAUUUCAGUUUCCAGAGUGGGAUCCGCAGCUCAAAUUAAAGCCAUGAAACAAGUAGCUGGCAAAUCAAAAUUGGAACUAGCUCAAUUCGCAGAAUUACAAGCCUUUGCACAAUUCGCCUCUGCUCUGGAUAAAACAAGUCAGAAUCAAUUGGCAAGGGGUCGACGAUUACGGGAAUUGCUUAAACAAUCCCAAUCAAACCCUCUCCCAGUGGAAGAGCAGGUAGCUACUAUUUAUACCGGAACGAGAGGAUAUCUUGAUUCGUUAGAAAUUGAACAGGUAAAGAAAUUUCUGGAUGAGUUACGUAAACACCUAAAAGAUACUAAACCUCAAUUCCAAGAAAUUAUAUCUUCUAGUAAGACAUUCACCGAGCAAGCAGAAACCCUUUUGAAGGAAGCUAUUCAGGAACAGCUUGAACGGUUUUCCCUUCAGGAACAAACAUAA